AUGGAUAACGAUAGUUUUUUGGCUACGUUAGACGAAUUUAUAGAAAUUACAAAUCAAAUUAUUGAAAAAUUAAAAACAGAAUUAGAUUGGAUUAAUAGCCAUCGUACAAGAUGCAAUGUUGCCAAGACAGUGGGCACUGCUGCAUCAGUUGGCGGCGGAGCCGUUGUAGUAGGUUCACUUAUUUUGGCUCCAUUUACAGGUGGUGCCUCAAUUGUAGCCGCAACUGGUUACGGCUUUUUAGCAAGUACAGCAGGAGCUGCAGUAAACCUUACAACUGAUAUAACUGAUAUGAUAACCACACACAUAAAAAACAAUCAAAUCGAAAGUAUCUGCGGCCGAAGAAAUGACGUAGCCGGUCGUUUGAAGAAACAUUUUGAUGAGCUUGAACGUGUGGCCAUAGAACUAAAAAGAUUAAAUGUUGAAGAAACAGAAGCUUACGCUUUAUCACUAAAAAACUUGGUCUUAAACGGUAAUAGCAUCAGAACAUCUGCUGCAAGUAUAUUAAAGCUAAGCAGAUGCGCACAAAUGGCGAGUGGAACCUCUAACAUGCUUUUACGCGGUGGAGGUACUUUUUGGAAGGGUAUGAGACUGCAAUCUGAAACAUUAUUGAAAGUACUCGGUUAUUUUGGUUUUAAUGUGGGUAAAACAGGAGCCAUGGCCGUUGUUAGAUCGGGUACAGCAAUACUCAGUGGAGUUUUUGCAAUCUACGAUGUUUACUCAUUAAUAAACGGCAUUACAAAUAAUCAUCCAACUGCAGAAGCUAUUGCUGAAAUGAUCAAACAGAUGGACGAAGAACUAAAUCAAAUUAUUGAAUUGAGAAGAAUUGCAAUUGAAAUUGGGAAUGGGGAAUAUGAUAAAUAA